AUGUCUCAUGAUUCUGGUGAAGACAAUAGCGACCCCGUCCUACAUGAAGAGAUUGAUGAUGGUUCGCUAGCUUCUUCAUUUGGAGAGAAGAGAAAACAAACUCAGCCGAGGAGAAAGCCAGCUCAUAGGUCUCAUGUUUGGGAGCAUUUUGUUCAGCAAGCACAUGAUGAUGCCAUUGCAAACUGUCGGUACUGUGGUCAAGAGAUAGGAUGUGACACAGUGAUUCAUGGAACAAGUGCAAUGAAGAAUCAUAUUAGUAGGUGUAAGUUGUUCAAGAUGCAUCAAGAGAGUGGAAGUCAGAAGGUGUUGGCUGGUGGUAGCAGUGGUGUAAUGACAGCAAUCAAGUAUGAUCAAGGUUUGUUCAUAAGGUCUGUGAAUGAGAUGAUCGUCCUUAAUGAGCUGCCGUUUGCAUUUGUGGAGUCCGAGGGAUUUAGGAGAUUGUGCAGCAACAUGCUUCCAAUAGAUUGGAAGCUGCAGAAGAGGAUCAUUAGUUUUAAGCCAGUCACAGAUCACAAAGGUGAUACAAUUGCUGAGCACUUGGUUGCCUGUCUAGAAGAAUGGGGAAUCGAGAAGGUCUUCACAGUAACAGUCGAUAAUGCUAAGGGGAAUGACAAGGCUCUAAGGGUUUUCACAGACGCUUUGAUCAUGAGAGGACCUGAUGCUUUAGUAAGCAAUGGUGAUUAUUUUCAUAUGCGGUGUUGUGCGCAUAUCCUCAACUUGAUAGUGAGGGAUGGUUUAUCCAAAGCAAAAAGGAGUAUAGUUUCAAUCAGAAAUGCGGUUAAGUAUGUGAGAUCAUCUGGUGAUAGACUGAAGUUGUUUCUGUUGAGGGUCGACACAGGGAAUGUAGGUAGAGGUAGUUUGUGUCUUGAUGUUGCUACUAGAUGGAAUUCCACCUAUCUAAUGCUGACAGCUGCAAUCAAGUUUCGGGUUGCCUUUGAGAAGAUGUUGGCCGAAGAUAAGUUGUAUAAUGACUAUUUCAUGGAAACUGAAGAAAAUGGAGAGGCUACGGGUGAUGAAGCUGAGUUGAAUGGACAGAAGCGUGUUGGUCCUCCUACUUUUGCUGAUUGGGAUCAAGUGCAGAGGUUAGUUAAGUUCUUGAAGAUAUUUUUCAACUGCACUUUGUCUUUCUCAGCCACCAAAUCAGUGACCUCUACUUUUUGCUAUAACGAGAUUGUGACUAUUGAGAGGAAUCUGAUCAAUCUAAGCACAAACGGUGAUGUGCUACUAAAGACAGAAGCGAUGAUGAUGAGGAGUAAGUUUGAAAAAUAUUGGGAUGGUCUCUUGAACAUGAAUCCGCUUGUGAUCAUCGCAAGUGUGUUUGAUCCCAGGAACAAGAUGCAAUUUGCUGGGCUUUGCUUCGACAAGCUAUAUGGAAAAGACAGUGUUGAAAGUACUCAUCUAAGAUCAUCAAUCAAGGGUGUCAUGAAGAAGUUGUAUGCAGAGUAUGUGAUGAAGUUGAGCUUAAGUGAACCUGGAGUACCAACUACUGCUGGAGUUGGAACUAAUCCUGUAGUAUCCGCAAAUGAUUUGUUUGAUUUGUCGGAUGAGGAUGGAUACACUAUACUCUGA